AUGGUGUAUAUUGUUAAAGUGAAAGUUAUGUACGGUAGUUAUGGUCAUCUCUGUUCGGCUGAACUUGCAUCUGUUGAUGCACGAGUUCUCCCACCUCCAAGGCUCAAGUAUCAUGAUACUGGGAAAGAGACACAGGUUGAUCCAAGGGUUGGUGUAUGGAACAUGAUUGACAAGAUUGAUGUGGUUCUUUUUUUUCCCGUGGGUUGGAUGCAUCAAGAAAAAAUGACAAUACAUUGUACAAAUCUUGUCUGUAUGAAAAUGGUUAAUGGUGGCAAGGUGGAAUUCUGGACAUGCAUCAGCUUUUCACGAUCUAGAAUUAAUUUGGACGAGUUCUGCCGUGAAUUGAUUUCUAUGUGUCGUAGUAAAGGGAUGGAUUUCAAUGAGCCUUUCCUUCCUAUUAAAUCAGCAUAUCCUGGUCAAAUUGAGAAGGAUCUCCAUGAUAUUCAUGCCCGUUCUACUGAAAAAUUAGCAAACAUGGGAUUGACAGGGAAGCAACUUCAGUUGUUAAUUAUUGUUUUGCCUGAUGUCAGCGGGUCAUAUGGAAAGAUCAAAAGAGUGUGUGAAACAGAGUUGGGCAUUGUCUCACAAUGCUGUCAACCUAGGCAAGCACAAAAGAAUAAUAAUAAACAGUAUCUAGAAAAUUUGUCUCUCAAGAUAAAUGUGAAGGUUGGGGGUCGAAACACUGUGUUGAUGAGCGCUAUUGAAAGAAGAAUCCCGUUUGUGACUGAUCGCCCUACAAUCAUCUUUGGAGCUGAUGUAACUCAUUCUCAACCUGAGGAUGACGCAAGCCCAUCCAUUGCUGCGGUGGUUGCUUCAAUGGAUUGGCCUGAGGUAACGAAGUACAGAGGACUGGUUUCUGCACAAGGACACAAGGAAGAAAUCAUCCAGGAUCUCAAUAAAACAUAUCAGGAUCCUCAAAGGGGCACCGUUCAUUGUGGAAUGAUUAGGGAGCUGUUAAUAGCUUUCAAGACAUCAACUGGGCAGAAGCCUCAUAGAAUUAUAUUCUACAGAGAUGGUGUUAGCGAAGGUCAAUUCAACCAAGUUUUGCUCCACGAAAUGGAUGCAAUCCGAAAGGCUUGUGUUUCGUUAGAGGAACACUAUCUGCCACGUGUAACCUUUGUUGUGGUGCAAAAGAGACACCACACACGCCUUUUCCCUGCAGAUCAUAAUGAUCGUCGUUCAACAGAUAGGAGUGGCAACAUUCUGCCAGGUACGGUUGUGGACACCCACAUUUGCCACCCUAAUGAAUUUGACUUUUACCUAUGUAGCCAUGCCGGAAUUCAGGGCACAAGCCGUCCUACACACUAUCUUGCUAUCUUCAAAGCAUCAUUUAAUUCAGGCUUCAUUGCAAUGUAUGCUACACUUGCCAGCCAAGAUGUGGACUGUUGUUUGAUUCUAGAAUCACCCUUCUUUCUGGAAGUGGUAGUGGAUGUAAUAGAUAUUGGUGAACAUGUUCUAAAACUCGUUAAUUUUCUUGUUUGGAAAUGUUGGAAAAGGCAAUAGCAACUCCUCCAACUGUUUCACCAAUAUGGUGUUCCCCAUUACUUGAGGCUUUCAGAACAAAGGAGAAAGAAACUCCAAGUAAAGGAGGCUGAAUUGAGGAGGAGGGAGCAGGAUGUUUACAUGUACUUCCGUGGCAGUGGCAAAGCAGCAGAGAUAAAGCGUGAGGCUGCAAAACGGACAAUGAUGGCUGCGCUGCCAUGAUUCAGAAAGAUUCUUUGGUUUGAUAAUGCUGAGAGAAAUCGAAACAUUCACUAUUUUUUUGCACUUGUGCCUAGUCUAGUAUUUAUAAGCCUUCAUAUAAUCUUCUUAAAAUAUGUAUGUAAAAGACAGAUUCUGACAAACAAGUUUAAGUUAGGACAUGUUGUGGUACAUAUGUCCUUUUUGGAAAUUAAUUUGGUUAGUCCUGUAUUAUGUAUGAAAUGAAAUUAUUAACGUUGGA